CUCGUUUCUCAAGAAAGGGAUUAUUAGCCGUCAUAAGUCAAUCUCCCCUGUACUCCUAACUGCAGUCUCUCUCUCAAGUUGCUUUGGUGAUUUGAUCCGAUAAGAUAAGAUGGUUGGAAGUUCAGUCAGUGAUGAUUGGGAAUUUAUUGGAAAUGGAGCUCGGACACUACUUCUGAUUGGGCGUACAGGUGACGGGAGAAGUGCCACGGGCAAUAGCAUUCUUGGAAGAAAGGCAUUCAGAUCAAUGCCUAGCUUUAGUGGUGUUACAAGAACUUGUGAAAUCCAGAGGACUGAAUUAGAAGAUGGACAGAUUCUUGAUGUGAUUGAUACCCCUGGAUUUGACUUAACAGCUAAGUCUGAAUCAGUUGGAAACGAAAUAAUCAAAGGCAUUGAUUUGGCCGAUGAUGGCAUCCAUGCUGUUCUUUUGGUUUUGUCUGUACGAACUCGCUUUUCAAAAGAAGAACAAGCUGCUAUCCAGUACUUUAGGGAGUUGUUCGGGGACAAAAUUAGUGAUUAUAUGAUUGUCGCCUUCACUGGAGGGGAUGAGCUUGAAGACAAUGAGACGCUGAAUGAUCACUUAGAUAGUUCCUGCCCUGAGCCUUUAAAGGAAGUUGUUAAUAUGUGUGGGAACAGACAUGUGCUAUUCGACAAUAAGACUAAAGAUCCAAUGAAGAAAGCUGACCAAUUGAGGGUGCUUCUUUUCCAUGUGAAUACCGUUGUACAAAAGACUGGCGGAAAACCAUAUACGAAUGACUUGUUCAAAGAAGUAAAGAAGAUGGAACUUCAUAAUGACAAGUUGGAGGCUAAUUCUUCUCCGGGAAAUAUAAAGCAAGAGGUAACUGAGUUGAAGGAACAACUGCAGAGGUGGUCUUGCGAGGAGCAACAUAGGCAACUAUCUGAAAUGGUCGAAACUAAGUUGAAGGAGAUCAUGCAUAGUCUUGAAAAGCAUUUGGGGGCAGAAAAAAAUGUGGAGAGCAACAAUCAAUUAUUUAGAGAUAUCUUGGAGAAGAAAGCUCAAAAGGAGAGUAAGGCGCUGAUCAGCCUCAAAGGGGGGCGUCGCUCAUACAGCUGCUGCAAAUGUCGAAGUCAUCUCUCAUUUGAUGAUGAUAUUAUCUCUAAGAUGUUUCUGGCAAGUAGUGGCAAAGCUUUCCUUUUUUCUCUGGUGAAGAAUAUUGUUCUUGGAACCAAAGAAGAUAGACAACUUGUUACUGGUCUUCACACAGUUACUGACAUACACUGUGAGAAAUGCAGUGAGGUAUUGGGUUGGAAGUAUGAACAAGCUUUUGAGCCAGCACAGAAGUACAAGGAAGGGAAAUUCGUACUCGAGCGGUCCAAAAUUGUUGAAGUUAUAUAUAAAAAUGAAAGCCCAUAACCAAAGUCAUCUUUGAUUUUAUAUCUCAGUACUUUAUGUAAGUUUUUCUAUCCUGUCUAUCACUUUUCAGUCUACUGAACUUCCCAACGGAAUUAUCAUAUCCGUUUCGUUACUAUCUUUUCACGUAAUAACAUGCGUUGUUUCUUACUUUAUAA